GACAACAUUAUCCAGCGAAGCAGCCUGGGUACAAUGAAAGUGAUAGAGAUUCGGCUGUAUUCGAACUGAAGCCACUGAAAGUGAUUUCAAAUUUCUGAUGAGUGGUUAGCAGAAUCGUAAUCAUUGCCAUUGUACUUCGAAGUACAUGUAGUUGUCUCUAGUUACAAGUAUCAUUAUCAUUCCCUACCAGUACCGACUGUUGAGAUACUGUGGAAUCAGUGCGAAAGCUGAAAGGCGAAAUCGAGUCCCGCCAUAUGACUCUGGAUUCAGAACGGCGUGACGUAGCUGUGACUCAAACAACACUGAAUCAUGGUAUGGGCUCCGCUUUGUCAUACUUCGAUAAUGGCCAAGAUGCUGUUCAAGAGCAACCAUUUGAUCCGUCGACAGUAUAUGCCAUACCGCGUAUUGAUAUUCCCCUGGAUGAAAGUGACAAGCGCUAUGCAAAGUGUUUUACUAGUGAUCAAACGACGGAGCUGAGCGAGUUCUUUCGCGAAUAUGGUUUCGUAGUAAUCCGAGAUGUCCUGACUGAAGAUGAGUGCCGAGCCUCAAUCGAUGAGCUGUGGACAUUCCUGGAAAGCCGUGGUUACAAGUUGAGAGAAUGGGACGGGCCAACGGAGCAUGAGAAGCAGAUGGAUGAGGAGAGACCGCCUGCCCGAAUCAGGAGAGAUGACCCAUCAACCUGGGACAACGAUUGGCCUCCAAUGGGUCAUGCAGGUAUCCUUGGUUAUCUACCGGUGUUUCGCAAGCAAGUGUUGCAAAAUAGACAGAAUCCAAAGAUCUACUCGGCAUUUGCGACGCUCAUGCAAAGGCAGGACCUGCUUGUUAACCAGGGUCGCCUUGGAAUGUUUCGACCGACUAGAGUGAAGGACGAACCAGACACGAUCAAUCAGAAGUGGAAAACAGCGUAUUCUCUGCAUUGGGAUCUCAACCCCUGGCGGUAUUCACUGGAUGAUGCCAUCUUUCUGCGCGAUGCCAAGAAACACCAGAAAGAAAGCCAGCAGCAGCUGACGUACGAGGAGCCUUGCGACUUCAUCAAAGAGAACAGCGAGAUUGGAUCAGAGAAAGAUGGCAGUAUCAACGUCCAGGGACUCAUCAACUUCGCUGACAACCAAGUAGAAGAUGGCGGUUUCCAAAUAGUCGUCGGCUGCCACCACCACAUGGCCAAGUGGGCAGAUUCUUGCAAAGAGAGCAUGGGCGUGCGGAUGCGGCGUAGGACUCUGGUGAAGGUCGACUGCGAUGAUCCGCUCUAUGGGCAGCCGCAGCGCGUGGCCAUGCGUGCCGGUAGCAUGGUCAUCUGGGAUCAGCGCAUGGCACAUGGCAGCGCUCCCAACGACAGCUGUAACCCUAGGAUGUGUCAGUUCAUCAAAGUCCUGCCAGCUUACUCUGGGACUAGCCAGGCAAGGAAUAGAGCCAGGGUUGUUCAACAAAAGGUUGCUGAAGCAAAAGGAUUUGAAGCCACCGACCUUGGAAAUCGCCUCUUUGGUCUUGCUGAGUGGAGCUAGAUGCUUUAUUGUUGUUGUUGAAAUAUACUAUUGUUGAGUUUUGCCGGAGAAGGUAAUUCUCUUCCCUGCCGCUUAUACUUCCUAUACUGCCUCCCUCACAUGGUCCUGCUAUAAGUAACUGCUCUCUUCCAUUGAAGACGCAAGUGAAUUCCUGCAGUUUUGGUUUAAUUGGGUACGAGUAUUGCUACUGCUGCAGGUUACCCCUCUUGAUUAUACUAUUGCUAUUUUUUAAUUAUCAUCACUUCCUUUUUUCUCUUCUUUUACUUAUUCUUUUUUUAACCUUUUGAGGUGCUAAUGAGCUCGUGAGGAUAUUUGCAGUUCACUCCACCGUUUCCCUUUAAAUCCCCCGCGCAUUGUUGAACAGAGCUUGCACGGUGUUCUGCUGUCAUUAGCCUGCUUACUUGUCACUGCAUGCUUGAAUAAUUGAGCUGUAUCUCAAUACCCAAUCUGAUGACAGUACCACUGAAUACUGGAUAAAAUUUAAUAGUUAGUACUACAUGUACAUGAACAACACUAAUGCUUUAUUGCAAUGCUUAAACCUCGUGUGAAUAUUGAAUCGACUGAAAAAACAAUCCAUACUCCAUACGUAAUUAUAUUGGCUCGGUUCUUCUUUUCUUUCAUGUUUUUUGGCG